AGCUUACCGGCAUCUCAUAUAUUUCCGUUAUUGAGACAGCCCCGAUCUUUUUGGGCAGCAAAGUUAAACUAAGACUAAAACUGGGAACAUUGUUUUUUUUUUUCUUCCGUAUCACACAAACUCUCAUUUUUUUUCGCACACAAACAAAAGAAGAAUAAAGCACUCUGGGAAUGAAGAAAUAGAAAAUAAGUUGUAAAGCUUGAAGACCAAAGUUGUCUUGAAAACAACACUUCCUAACCAACCAAACUGCGUGGAAAUUAUGAUGUUGUGUAUGACAUGAAAAUGGGAAGCAAGUGCACGAAGCCAAGUCGUUCUACAGGAACCAGAAGAUGAGCGGUUUAUUCCACAGGGAACGAAAACAGUAAUGGAAUACGACUGAAGAUUCAGCCUUGAUCCAUAUUAAGUAUUGCCGACUAGUCAGAGGGAAUUCAUGAUCACAUGACUUUGGACAUGAGCAUUGUCCUGUUGUAUGUUUACUUCACAGGUGUCGACCCAGCUAGAAAUCUGCUUGAAGGACUUUCUUGAAGUGGCUAUAUCCGUAUCACUCUGAUCAAUGAGGAAUGGCUUCCUGGAACUGUUCUCUGGAAAUAAGCAUAUCAAUAACUUCAUCCCUGUCAGUGGAUUAAUCAUGUUUUGUAAAUCACAUUGCUGAUAUUACAAAAUGGAUAGCUGUCAGACUCAUGGAAAGUCUCCUGAAAUAAAAUGAAAAUUAUAUUUUCAUAAAAACAGUUUAUAAGACAUUUUUUGCAAUAAUUGUCUUUGGAAAUAGUACCCUUUUUAAUUCAGAAAGUGCUGCGAAAGCAAAUUUAAUGCUGUAUCAUGAGGUGUAGGAUCCAUAAGAAAAAGGUGUUUAUAUUAGUCCUGAUAGUGGCAGCCUGUGGCUUGGCAUUUUGGAACAGUGGAAAGCAAAGGAAAAAUGAAGUCUUCAGCAGAGAUUUGGAUACUGGAAGAUACAGCAGAAGCUAUACAUUGAAUAGUGUCAAACGAUAUGUUAAUGCAACUUCAGUGGACAAGGUGCAAAAGACGUCAACAGACAAUAUGACUAUGAUGUACAGAUCUCUUGUUUAUCAAAUAAAUUUUGAUCAGACUAUUAAAAACAAUAAUAUAGUGUCAAACCUUCUAAAAGAAGAUUCAGUGGUUGUAGUUGUACAAGUACACAAUAGACCAGACUAUUUGAAAUUGCUUAUAGAGUCUCUCAGAAAAGCGAGUGGGAUUGAGAAUGUUUUUUUGAUAUUUAGUCACGAUUAUUGGUCUGCAGAGAUUAACAGUAUUGUGUCUAGUGUUGACUUUUGCCAGACCCUUCAGAUUUUUUUCCCGUUUAGUAUACAGCUUUAUCCUAAUGAAUUCCCUGGCAGUGACCCAAAAGACUGCCCCAGAAAUAUUGAGAAGAAAGAUGCUAUCAGGAUUGGUUGUAUCAAUGCUGAGUAUCCAGAUUCAUUUGGUCAUUACAGAGAAGCCAAGUUCUCCCAAACAAAGCACCAUUGGCUGUGGAAGUUGCAUUUUGUGUGGGAAGGAGUGAAAAUCUUAAAAGACUAUAAGGGUCUGGUUCUGCUCAUUGAAGAAGACCACUAUGUGUCUCCAGAUUUCUACCAUGUUUUGAAAAAGAUGUGGCAACUGAAGACUGAGCAGUGUCCAGACUGUGAUUUGUUGUGUCUUGGGACUUAUUCUGGGGUUCCCACUUUUGCUAGGAUAGCAGAUAAGGUGCAGGUCAAAGCAUGGAGAUCAACUGAGCACAACAUGGGUAUGGUGAUGGACAGAAAAACUUACCAAGCGUUGAUCCAGUGUUCGGACUCUUUUUGUGCUUAUGAUGAUUACAACUGGGACUGGACCCUGCAACAUUUAACAGUGACAUGUCUGCCUAAGUUUUGGAAGGUUAUGGUUAGUGAGGUUCCCAGGAUUUACCAUGCAGGAGACUGUGGCAUGCAUCAUAAGAAGGCUUGCAGUCCUUCUGCAGAGAAGGCAAAAAUUGAAGACCUCUUAAAAGAAAAUACUAAGUAUAUGUUCCCAGAAGCUAUGGUUAUUAGCAAGACUUAUUCCAUGUCUGCAGUCUCGCCUCAUGUCAAAAAUGGGGGUUGGGGAGACAUCCGGGAUCAUGAACUUUGUAAAAGUUAUCAUAGACUGCAUUGAUCCUUUAGGGGGGAAAAAAAGCAGUAUUUUAUCUUUCAUAUAUGGCUGUUACAGGCAGUUUAUGGACAAGCAAAAAGUAUUGUACAUGGGGGUUAGGGUGUCUUUUUCUGUAAAACUUGAAUAAAAAAUCUUGGUCUGUUAAAA